AUGUCCACGCACCACACCCAUCCAGAUCGUGAGUAUCGCCGCCGCGACGAUCGCCAUGGAAACCCAUCAAAUGAUGAUAAGCCAUCCCGAGCGAGGCCGCCGUCGCCAACCGGGAGAUCCGAGCGCCGCAGUGCAUCGCCAGACAGAGAGCCGCAUCGAACACACCGGUCACACAGGCACCACCAUCACCGCCGAGAGCAUAAUCGGCCUCGCCACACAUUGGAAGCUGUCUCCAGCCCUGUAGCCUUGCCGUUUUCGGCGCGAAUGCUGUCCAAGUCGGAUUACCGUACGUUUGAGCCGCUCUUUGCGUACUAUCUGGAUCUGCAGAAGCAGAAGUAUCUGGAGGACAUGGACGAGCGAGAGGCCAGGGGGAGAUGGAAGAGUUUCGUCGGGAAAUGGAACAGGAACGAGCUUGCGGAGGGGUGGUACGAUCCGGACAUGUUUGCCAAAUGCACGGCCAACUAUGCAAGACCGGAGGGGGACGUGAGCGGUGGGGAGAGGAGAGACGAGCGGUCACAGAAGAUUCCUACGGGGCGAGAAGAAGCGACACCUCGCGCUGGGAACAGCGACGACGACCAAGACUACGGCCCGGUGCUGCCGUCGUCAGAUCCCCGGCGCCAGGUGGUGGGCGCGAGGGUGCCGACGUUUCAGGAUCUGUCGCUGCGAAAUGAGCUCGCGGAGGAGCAGAGGGCGGCGGACCGCGAAGAACUACGACGAGCUCGGAAGGCGGAUAGGACGGUUCAAAAGGAGCGCCUGGAGGAGCUGGUGCCCCGCGCGGAACCGGGCACGCGCGAGCGGAAACUGGAGAAGAAGAAGGAGGUGAAUGACAAGAUGAGGCAGUUUAGGGAUAAGAGCCCCGGGCUGGAGGCGGGCGAUGAGAGGGAGCUUAUGGGCGGGGGGGACGAGCUGGAGGAGUAUAAGAGGACCAAGGAGAGGGAGCACAAGCGCAAGUCGGAAAGACAGGUGCAGAGGGAGGAGUUUGAGAGGGCCAAGAGAGAGGAGAUGGAGGAGAGGAGGAGGGCGUGGCAGGAGAGAGAGGAGGGCACGGUCAGUAUGCUGCGGGAGCUGGCGAAGCAGAGAUUUGGAUAA